UGUAUUUGCGUUUAUCGCGUCAACUGCGAGUUCGCUGACAUCGAAAAUAACGCAAUGCUCGCAGUAUCGAAGCGCACAGCAACGAAUUAAGAUGGACGAUUUCAUAGACGAAGUACGCAAAAGAGAAUUUCUGUGGGAUAGGAAGAAAAUACCAUUGGGUAGGCAACAACAAAAAAUAACAGAUAAGCUUUGGCAAGAAGUGGCUGACGCAUGCAAUAUCUCAAAGUCCACAGCGAAAAUUAAGUGGCGUAGUCUGCGCGAUCAAUUCUUGAAGGAAUUAAAAAAGGUACCAGUCUACAAUUCGGGCGAAAAUUAUUACAUUGAGGAGCCUGAAAAACCGAAAUGGACACAUUUUAAUAGUUUAAUAUUCUUGCUGAAUACACAUACACCUCGAAAACAAGUGAUCGAUAUCAAACCAGAGUCAAUAAUCGAUAUACGCUCCACAGAUUCGACGGAUAAUGACUGGGAUGAGAGUAAAAGUCAAAUCGAAGAUAUUGCAGCCUCACAAGAGUCACCAGUACUUGCAGACACAUACAAUCAACAGUUUCCGAGCAUACGCAAAGUUUACACGCUCGACGAGGAGCAUGAGCUCGCAAAUGCCUCGCAAAGUGUGCCAUUAGUACAAUGUAAGGAAGAGUACGUUGUAGAGAAUGCAUGUGAUGAGGGUAAAAUUGAAAUUGAAUAUGAUCCACCACCUUUUGUUGCGGUCGCGCCACAAAUGGCGGAACCGUUGUAUACGCGGAAUAAGCGACGCUGCGAUGAAGAAUACAACGAGACGACGUCGGCUACACCACAAAUUCGCGAUGAACUCUAUAAUUGUUCAAGUAAGAGAACGGCUACGGAGUUGGAAAAAUCAAUAGAGCUACGUACUUCUACGGAGGCGAGUGUGGAUAAUGAGAAUUUACUGUUCUUCCGUUCACUUUUGCCUUAUAUGAAUCGCUUGGACAUUGUACAGCAGUUGCGCGUGCGCACACGUUUUCAGGAGAUUUUAAUGGAUGAAUUGGGCGCAAAGCAUUAGUUAUUAAUAUUGCAUAUUUUGAAAAUAUCACAAUCUAAAGUCUACCAUUUGUUAACUUGUAAAUAAAUAAACUGUUUUCCAUUAAAA